GAAAUGGGUAGGAUCAGCUUCUCUUGCCUUUUUCCUGCUUCAUGGCACUUCAGUAUUUCCCCUGUUGGGUGUCCACGAAUAUUGAAUACCACAUUACGGCAAAUUAUUGUUACCGGUCUCCUUGCUGCUGCAUUUUUCAUAUUGUAUUACUCUGUUUUGAAAUACAGCUCCCGGGACAAAAAGCUGCACAGGUAUCUUGCGCGAGUAACGGACACCGAAGCCACAGACACAAGCAACCCAAAGCUGAAUUACGGCAUUAUGGUGGAUUGUGGUAGUAGUGGAUCUCGGAUCUUUGUGUAUUGGUGGCCAAGGCAUAAUGGCAACCCUCAUGAUUUACUUGACAUCAAACAAAUGCGGGAUGAAAACAGAAAACCAGUGGUUAUGAAAAUUAAGCCAGGCAUUUCAGAAUUUGCUACCUCUCCUGAGAAAGUUAGUGACUAUAUUUUCCCACUACUGAACUUUGCUGCCGAACACAUACCCCGUGCAAAGCACAAAGAAACCCCUCUAUACAUUCUCUGUACCGCAGGGAUGAGAAUCUUGCCAGAGAGCCAGCAAAAGGCAAUCCUGGAAGAUCUUCUUACUGAUAUCCCAGUGCAUUUUGAUUUUCUGUUUUCGGAUUCUCACGCUGAAGUGAUUUCAGGAAAGCAAGAAGGAGUAUAUGCAUGGAUUGGCAUCAACUUUGUCCUUGGAAAAUUCGAACAUAUGGAUGAAGAGGACGAAGCAGUCGUGGAAGUGCACGUUCCUGACAGCGAAAGCAAAGAAGAAGUUGUCCGAAAGAGGACCGUGGGUAUACUUGACAUGGGUGGUGUUUCAACUCAAAUAGCCUAUGAAGUCCCUAAAACUGAGGAGGUGGCCAAGAACCUACUGGCGGAAUUCAACUUGGGCUGUGAUGCUCAUCAGAGCGAACAUGUGUAUCGCGUCUACGUGGCAACUUUUCUGGGCUUCGGCGGGAACGCUGCUCGGCAGAGAUACGCAGACAACAUAUUCACCAGUACAGUAUUGAGAAACAGGCUUCUCAGUAAACAGAUCGGCCUGACCCCUGAGACUCCCUACUUAGACCCUUGCCUGCCCUUAGAUGCCGAGGACGAAGUCCAACAAAAUGGACAGAUUCUGUACCUUCGCGGGACGGGAGAUUUCCACCUGUGCCGCGAUGAAUAUUGUGCCACAAAGUGGUCUGUUCUACGGGAAAGAUUUGAUCAUGGCCUGUAUGCAUCCCAUGCAGAUCUCCAUCGACUGAAGUAUCAGUGCUUUAAGUCAGCCUGGAUGUACGAGGUAUUUCACAAUGGCUUCGGUUUUCCCGUGAACUACAACAACUUAAAAACAGCCCUUCAAGUAUACGAUAAAGAGGUGCAGUGGACGUUGGGGGCCAUCCUCUACCGAACCCGGUUUUUACCUUUGAGAGACAUCCAGCAGGAGAAUUUCCGAGGAAACCACCCCCACUGGCGCAGCUUCGCCUUCGUUUACAACCAUUACUUGUUCUUUGCCUGCUUCUUCGUCGUGCUGCUCUCCAUCCUGCUCUACCUGCUGCGGCUGCGCAGGAUCCACCGGCGAAUUCUGCACAGCGGCUCUUCUCCUGCCCUCUGGAUCGAAGACGGUCUCCCGCCUCAGAAGAUCCCCGGAGGCUUAUAAGCUGCUGACUGAAUCUCAGACCCGCUCCU